UUUCAUAUAAUUUCUCAUUCUAUUUUUUGCUUAAUACUUAUAAACCUUAAUAGUUAAUAUAUCACUAUUUUUCUUCAUCAUAUAAUAAAUCUAACUUCAUCAACCACACAUCAAAAAUCCACAACAAGGUAUCAUAUCACUCACUCAAAUCUUUCAUUUUCUGCUCAUUUAUUAUUUUUUCAAACUUAGAAAAAUAUCAACUCAAAUUUCAAAAUUUUAUGUGUGUGGAAAUUUACCUAGUCAAUUUUCAAAUUUCUUUUUGACGAAAAGUCAAUUUUGAAUUAUUCAAAAUUAAUAAUUCCGUAUUAUUAACGUUUAAUCUACAUAAUUAAUCCUUUUUUAAUACAUAUUGAAUUUGUUUUAUUUUAAGAAUGACGAUUUAAUUAAAUUUUAAAUUUAAUAUAAAACUAUGACAUAGAGAGAUUAUAAAAUACUCCGAAUAAUGAAUGCAUUAUAAUUUGACUUUUAGUGAUGAUUACUUACACAUGACAAUUUUUUAAAAAAAUUCUUAAAAACUCUGGCAUGAUUUGGGUGUUCCUUGAAACAGAUCUCUGUGUUCCAAAUUGAUGAUAAUGAUGAAUUCAUGAUGAAGAUUGUAACUGAAAUUUAGCAAAAUUAAUAGUAAUUGGGUUGCUUAAUUUGUUCAUAUAUAAAGUGUACCCAAACAACAACGAUUCAGUAAUCACUUUUCACUCAAACGCGCUUUUCAACUUCAACUUUUUCAUCAUAGAUUCUCGGUUUCAGGUAGACAUGCACUUGGAGUGAUGGCGAUUAUGACUCAACCAGUGAAAACAAUAAUUUCAUCCUAUCGUGACCACGACAAGAAUUCCCGUCUUUCUCCUUUGUCUCCUUGUCGACACGGGAGCCGUCAGUGGCGCAAGAUUCGUACUGGUAGCUUGGCUGUUGCUAUAGCAGCACUUCUCUUGUUUACUACUGCUUGGCUUUCCCUUGUCUUCUCUGAUGCAACUACUUGUUGCUUUCAUCGCAUAAAAGAUUGGGAAGGUAGACACCACUUUUUCCCUUGGAACAAGUGCACUCCGCUCCGCCUUUCAAAAGUAGUAACUUCACCUCCCGUCUUCCAACUUGUGACAACGAAAGAUCAUCUUCAAAAUGGUAGCAGUACCAUUGAACAAGGAGGCUUGUCUGUUCAACAUAUUGUUUUUGGCAUAGCAGGAUCAUCUCAGCUUUGGAAACGGAGGAAGGAAUAUAUUAGACUAUGGUGGCGUCCCAAUGACAUGCGUGGCCAUGUGUGGUUAGAGGAAAAAGUGGUUGAAGAACAAGGUGAUGAGUUAUUGCCCCCUACCAUGAUUUCUGGAGACAUCUCGUAUUUCCGCUACACUAAUCCCAUAGGUCACCCUUCUGGCCUCCGGAUUUCUCGCAUUAUCAAAGAAAGCUUUCGCCUUGGCCUCUCAGAUGUGCGUUGGUUUGUCCUAUGUGAUGAUGAUACCAUCUUCAACGUGAAUAACCUAGUUGACGUUCUCAGCAAGUAUAAUUCCUCCGAAAUGAUUUACAUAGGUAGCCCUUCAGAGAGCCAUUCAGCUAAUACCUAUUUUAGCCACUCAAUGGCCUAUGGUGGUGGCGGGAUUGCAAUAAGUUAUCCACUUGCAAAGGCUCUAUAUGAGAUUCUUGAUGAAUGCAUUGAGAGGUACCCUGGGCUUUAUGGUAGUGAUGAUAGACUGCAUGCCUGCAUCACUGAACUUGGCAUUCCGCUGACCCGGGAACAUGGUUUUCACCAGUGGGAUAUAAAGGGUGAUGCUCACGGUCUUCUAUCCUCUCACCCAAUAGCACCAUUUGUGUCAAUUCAUCAUGUUGAAGCUGUUAAUCCCUUUUAUCCUGGUUUGAGCUCUUUAGAUAGCCUGAAACUUUUUACAAAGGCCAUGAGAGCUGAACCCAAAAGCUUUUUGCAACGUUCAAUAUGUUACGACCAUUCCCAGCAUCUAACAUUUUCAGUGUCACUUGGUUAUGCCAUUCAAGUCCUGCCUAACAUUGUUUUUCCCCGUGAGCUGGAGCGCUCCGAACGAACCUAUUCUGCUUGGAAUGGUAUUACUCAAAGGAAUGAAUUUGAUUUUGAUGCUAGGGACCCACACAAAUCUGUGUGUAAAAAACCCAUUCGCUUCUUCUUGAAAGAUACUGGAAGAGAUAGUAACACUUCUUGGGGUUCAUAUGUUCGGAGUAAAGAUAAAGAUGAUUUCAAAAGGAAACUUUUCUGCUUUCCCAACUCUCCCCCUCUGCUCAAUGUGCGAAAGAUCCAAGUAGUGGCUCAACCUUUGAGCAAGAAUUGGCAUCUGGUACCGCGUCGUCUCUGUUGCAAGCAAAUCCAAAGUAGCAAGGAAAUGCUCCAAAUCUCAGUUGGACAAUGUGGGAAUUGGGAAGGGGCCUUUUAGCUCUGUAUACUGAUUGUGUAGGUUGGUUGUGAAAUGGCAGUUUAGGAUUACUCUAUUGUGUUUUUCACAUGAUUUGGCCUUCUGAGUGGAGAGCUAGUUCCAUGCGGCAUUUUUUUCACCUUGAAUUGAGCUUUCUUGAACUUCUAAUUUCUAUGUAGAGAAAGGUUUCUAACACCAAGAUGUGAGUAUUCAAUUUUUUCCAUAUAUCUUCUCAUUUUGUCCUUUAAUUUUUUUUUCUCUUCAGAAUUUAGAACAGUUUACUAGGGAUUUGAGUAGGAUACCUACCAACCUAGGUAUAUGCUAUAGGAGAAAAACAAGGUUCUAAAUUCUAAUACACCUUCUGUAAAGUCACAAUACCGUUAUAAUUCAGUGAUAGCAAAUGUGUGCAAAGUUGCAGGAAAAUGGAGGUUUGUUUGGUUAUUCCUAAAAAGUUUCAUAUUGAAUACUUAGUCACUGAAGAAAGUUCAAUGUUUAUAAUUUGAAGAUUGUAA